AUGUCCCGUGUUCCACCGGGGAAAGUCCUCCUGAGGAAUGUCAUCCGACACACAGAUGCUCCCAAUAAGAUUCAGGAGGAAUCAGAUAUGUGGAAAAUAAGAGAACUGGAGAAACAGAUGGAAGAUGCUUACCGGGGGACCAAAAGGAAAAUGUUACCCAGUAGUUCAAGCCGGAUGUGUAGUGAUGGUUUUGAUGAAGAAAGUCAAAGAGACUAUUGGAGGCCAAAGAAUGAAAUUUCUGGGGCUGAAGAUGAUUUUCUUAAGGCUAAAUCGUGGAAUAAGAAGUUAUAUGAUUAUGAAACUAAUAUGCCAGACAGAUGGGGUCACAGUGGUUAUAAAGAAUUAUACCCUGAAGAAUUUGAAACAGACAGUAGUGAUCAGCAAGAUAUUACCAAUGGGAAAAAAACAUCUCCCCAAGUAAAAUCAUCUACCCAUGAGUCUCACAAACACAAGAAGUCAAAGAAAUCUCACAAAAAAAAGCAGAAAAAAAAGUCACACAAAAAACAGAAGAAAAGCAAAAAAGAAGCCACAGAUAUAACAGCAGAUUCCUCAAGCGAGUUCUCGGAAGAAACUGGGGCUUCUAGUACCAGGAAAAGGAAACAGUCACAUAAGCGCAAGAAAAAAUCCGGGAAAAAGUCUCUCAAAAAAUCUGCUUUAUUCUCGGAUGCAGAAAGUGACACUUCCCAGUCAGAUGAUUCCGCAUCCAGCAAUUCUGAGGAAGGUGAGGAAAGAGACACUAAGAAAACCAAAAGGAAAAAGAUAAAAAAAGUCCAUAUCCCUGUAGUUAACAAUGAAAUACAGGAGAGGACGAACAGACGCACAAAUUGGAAAGUGGCUACAGAUGAAAGGUCUGCAGAGAGUUCAGAGGAUGACUAA